AUGAUGACGACAGCGGUAAGUGUCGAAUUUUGCUUUCCGUUUCGGCGAUUGCUGGCCGACGACGUCGUUCUAUCCAACAAGAAAACCCCUGAGGAAAUCCUGGCCGAUCUGAUCCGGGCCGGAGAGCAAAGGCAGGAAAUGGAGAGAAGAAGACAGGAAGAAGCAAGGAUAAGAGCAGAGGAAGAUCGACGGCGAAUUAACGAGGCAGCUGCGCGGCAGCGCUUCGAGGAGGAUCAAAGAAACGCCGAGAACAGACGGAGAGCAGAGGAAGAACAGAAUCGGAUCAACGAAGCGGCUGCAAGACAACGUCAAGACGAGGAUGACAGGGCAGCUGAAGAGAGACAGAGAGCAGAUGAACGUCAACGUCAGAUCAGCGAGGAGGCUGAGCGGCUGCGACGAGAGGAGGAUGAUCGGAGGGCCGAAGAGAGACGGAGGUUACAAGAUGAGCAGAACCGGAUCAAUGAAGAGGUUGCAAGGCGGGUGCGAGAAAAUCAAGAACAAGAAGAGGAGCUCAGACAAGCGACUGAGCAACGCGAACAAGAGAUAGCCAGGCAAAUCAAUGAGGGCAUACGAGUUCAACGUGAACAGGAUAACGAAAGACAGCGAAGAGAAAAUGAAAGGCAGGCUGCAUCCAACGAAAGAGUGCAAGAAGCCAGGUUCAACGGCGUGUCCAACAAAGGCAACAAGAGGACAACGAAAGAAUACAAGAGGCUGCAAGAAGAAGGGAAGAAACGGAAAGAGUCGUCAGAGAGGAACGAGAGCGAUGGGAACAGGAAGAGAGAACAAGAAGGCGGACGGAAGCCGACAUUCGCAGACAGCUUGACGACAUCAGAACAUACGGAAGGCACAUCAACGAAGCUCAAAUGGAGAUGCUGCGCAAAUGGAGAGAGGAGAUGGAAAGAGAGAAGGACAGAAGAGAAGACCAAAACCGCAGACAACAACCGUUGGGCUAUGAGGUACCUAUCCAACCUGCACUGGUGGCAGGUUGCCAUUGUGGUGAGCCCCGGUGGCGUGGCUGUCGUUGUGAGGACUCUUGUCCCACUUGGAUGA